ACAGCAUGGUUAGGGGGCGGGCACCAGAGGGGAGGUUAUAUAAAGACUAUGCAGCAAACCAAAACAGCUUCCACACGCCACAGAGAACUUUGUUUUGUUCCCUCGCCGUCUGCGUAUUUGUAGCAGUGGGCUGCCGACGGUUCUGCAGGCUGGAGCUGUGCGCGCGUUAACUGGGACUCCCUUUUCCGACACCUCAAAGAUCUCCUCGCCAGAAUUCACCGGGAGCUUUUCUGCUUCUUCUCUGGGCAACGGAUCUUUUUGAGUUUGAGAGGAAGCGCAGGGUUGUGUUGAUCGACAAAAUGGUGCAAAACAAGAUCACAGAAAUCUCCGGAUUCCACCGCUCCUUCAAGGGACAGAAUCCAUUUCAAACAGACUGCAGUAAAACAGGAUCCCGUCACCUGGAAUCGGCUUUUAAUUUCGACUGUCCCACCAGACGAGACCUGCCUGCCAGCCAGCCUAUCGACAUCCCAGACGCCAAGAAAAGGAACAAGAAGAAAAAGAGGUGCCGUGCCACCGACAGCUUCUCUGGCAGAUUCGAAGAUGUCUAUAUCCUGCAGGAAGAGGUUCUGGGUGAAGGGGCCUGUGCUAGAGUGCAGACCUGCAUCAAUGUGAUUACCAACAAGGAGUACGCAGUCAAGAUCAUUGAGAAGAGACCAGGUCACAGCCGUGGCCGUGUGUUCAGGGAGGUGGAGAUGCUCUAUCAGUGCCAGGGUCACAGAAACAUCCUGGAACUGGUAGAGUUCUUUGAGGAGGAAGACAAGUUCUACCUGGUAUUUGAGAAGCUGAGAGGAGGUUCCAUCUUGAGUCAUAUCCACCGGAGACGACACUUCAACGAGAAGGAAGCGAGCGUAGUGGUGCAGGAAAUCGCUAGCGCCCUCUACUUCCUUCACAACAAAGGAAUGGCCCACAGAGACUUAAAGCCAGAAAACAUACUGUGUGAACAUAAGGACAGGAUCUCCCCUGUUAAAAUCUGUGAUUUUGACCUUGGCAGUGGAAUCAAGCUGAACAGCGAUCGCUCCCCCAUCUCCACCCCUGAGCUGCUCACACCGUGCGGCUCUGCGGAGUACAUGGCUCCCGAAGUGGUGGAGGCGUUCAAUGAAGAGGCCACCAUCUACGACAAGCGCUGUGACCUGUGGAGUCUGGGCGUGAUCCUCUACAUCAUGCUGAGCGGGUACCCCCCCUUCGUGGGUCACUGCGGGGGAGACUGUGGCUGGGACAGGGGGGAGCCCUGCCACAACUGCCAGAACAUGCUGUUCGAGAGCAUUCAGGAAGGGAAGUACGAGUUCCCCGAGAAGGACUGGGCUCACAUUUCAUUCAGUGCCAAAGACCUCAUCUCCAAGCUGCUGGUUCGGGACGCCAAGAAGAGGCUGAGUGCUGCCCAAGUGCUGCAACAUCCCUGGGUACAGGGGUGUGCUCCAAAUACUCUACCAACUCCAAUACUACUUCAGAGGAACAGCAGUGCCAAGGACCUGACGUUUUUCACGGCCGAGGCGAUGGCUGUGAACCGCCAGCUCGCCCAGCACCAGGAGGAGGAGGAGCAGCCUAUCCUCAUCACAGCUACCUCAUGCUCCAUGCGCCUCUCCCCUCCCUCCCAGUCCAAGCUAGCCAAGAAGAGACAGAGAGCCAGCCUGCUGAAAAGGGGGCCGGUGUCUGCCACAGAACUGCACCAGCUGUUGGCCCCGCUGGUCAUCGUGGGGGACUGCGUGUGACACCCGCUGCUCUCAAGACCCGCCCCUAACCUCUCCUCCUUCCUCCUGGUUUUUUUCCAGCAGUUUUUCAGUACACAAGUACAGCUGAAUCAAACGUGGCUGAUUUUUGCAAUGGCUUGGGCAAAAGGGGAAUGUUCUAGCAAGGUUCUUGGACUUUUACACCAAAGGACUACUCUUGCACUGCUUAAGUAUUACAACUGGAUUCACUGUGAAUUACGUUGAGAAGCAUUUUAUUUAAAAUCGACAGAAAAAAGCCAGGAUACCCCGUGUGUGUACACUUCUGAUUAGGCAGCGAUUGCCAUAGAAGGCUUUCUGUUGAAGGAAAUGCCCUGUUUAUAAUCCGUGCUGAAAGAAUGUGCUGCAGAACCUGCCCGCCGCUGAGCAGCGAGGGAACCCGGGCUGUUGUGUUAAAGAAACGUCCUACUGAUUGGACUGAAGAAUGAAAAUCCUCUGCAGAAAGGAUGAACUGUGCAUGCUUUUUAAAAACAAGAAAAAUCUGUUCGGGCCAACCUUUUUACUUAAGCAAAAUAAGUAUUAUUUUUUUUUUCCCCACUUUUUUUCAGUAAAACUGCAAUUAUUUUUAUUGUGAUCAGAUUUUUUUCGAAUUCUAAAAUCAACAUUUCAUGCUUCCGUUCCUUGGUGCUUUGUACAGUGCAGAGAUUUUUCAGUUGUUAGGUUGACUUAUCCCUCCCCAGCAUAUUCUGUACAGAAUUGCUGUAUGAAAGCAGUAACUAAUUACAAAUCAAACAGCUUCGAAUGUCCCAGUGGUACAUUUUAAAACAGCUCAGGUUUGACGGCAAUGCAUUCUUUUAUUAGCACACAAAAAAAUAUAUACUCAUGAUGGGAAUCUGUGUUCUGGUCCGUUUAAGAUACAGUUCUAUCUGCAGCUCGCUGUCAUGUGCAAUCUCAUUGCAGCAGCGUGGUGUAUAAUGUGUGCAUCUGUCUGUAAUUCAUAGCAGCGGCACUAUUUGCAGCCCAACAGCUCCACCUACUGGAUCUAAAAAGCGUUGCGGCACAAAAAAAAAAAAGCAAUCAAGCAAUUGGAGUUCUACCAGCAUUCCAGUGGUAGAUUCCUUUCUGGUCACGUGAUACUUUUUUAAAUCAGUCAUGAUAAGCUGCAGAACCUCAAGCAAGACUGAUUUUAAAAUGUGUUUUUCUCUUUGAGAAACCAUUGGACAGUCUCUUUAUAACACCCAUUUAAAACAAACCCCUCCACCUCUCAGGAUCUGUGCCACAACAACCUUGUGGGAUAACGGGCGUGUGAUUAUUUUAAGGGGGUUUUGGGUGUCCACUACAAAGAUAGCUGGUGUUCAGGUUGCUUUAGUCUGCUACCUGUUAAGGCCACCUUAAAUUGGCCUAAGGCCUUAAUUCAAGUUUAUAGCACCGCUAUAGUAAAAUUAAAAAUACAUCUAUCAGGGUGUGAAGAAUUCUGUUUCAUUUAGGCCUGAGUGGUGCUAAUCUUGGAUGUUUUUUUAAGUCAUAUAAAGGCUUUAUCUGGUUGAGAGGGUUAAAUACUGAAUAACAGUUUCUAUUUGAAGCUUAAGAACAGUCUGUGGGGUGUUGAAAGUGUGUGUGUGUGUGUAGCAUUCCAAAAAAGAUGCGUCUUCCAAGACAGUGUAGUCGGUGAAAAUGAAUGGAGAUUUUUUCUUUAUUUUUUUGAAUGUGUUCUUUUGUUUUUAUAUGUGGAUAACUCCAUAAGUCAGAUAUUCAAAACGUGCCACACGUUGUUUUAUUUUAGUUUUGUUUUAUUUAGUUGUUUUUCUUUUAAAGCAGGUAUAAUUGUACAGGGUGUAUUUCUUUGAUGUUUUAUUUUGUCUUUGAAAGCUGUUUUUGGGGGGGAGGGGGGGUAAAUGAGAAACAAGGAAAUACAUAUUUUAACAUUCGAAUAUUUUGAAUAAGAAUCUGAAAAGGCAACAGCUGAAAGUAAUGCUUUUAUUUUAGAUGGAAAGGUUUGGGCAAAGCAAAUGUGAGGUAUAGAAACCCCUUUUCCCUGGGAAAUUUAAAAUUGCCUAUCAAUUUGUUUAGCGGGUUACCAAAACUUAUCCUCGCUACCCCUGACCACAUUGAAGUGUUUUAACUAGAGAUGGGGGGGGGGGCUGGCUUCUGAUUUUAAUUGUAAAACCCCCAUUUUAUUUUAAUGGUUCAUUGCUACCUUUUCAUGAGUUGGGUCUUUAUCGAUAACGAGACUGCUGUCAGAUUUGCUGUAGUCCUUGCUUGCCACCAAGAACAAUGAAACAAACUUGCCCAGAUCUGCUUACUUAUGUCAUAAGUGAAUGUUGAUGUAACCCUCCCAGCAUUAGUAUGGUACUAAAAGAAACAAACACACACAAAACCGCCUUGACCAUUCUCAUGCUGAGGAAGUUAAAAUAGGACGCUGAUUGUAAACCUUUUGUAAUUUUUCUUGCUAUGGAGACCUCUUGUGGGUGUUUUGUCUUAUACUAAGACUUACUUGAAUCGUAUAUGCAUUUGUUUUGUUUUUUAUUGUAAUUGUAAGCUACAUUGUGCAGAAACAAAGCCACAGUUUGGGUUUGGCAGUCUAGGUUUUUAUUUUAUUUGUGUGUGGAAUCGCAGUGUUCCCUGAUCAGUGUGUCCCAGCACACACCCGCACAGUGAAAGAUGUUUGAAUUGAGGGUAGCACACAAUAGAACAGUGGCUACCUCUAUAGCAAUUGCCCUUCUAUAGUGAUCACUGUCCUGAACGCUUUGUCAGAGGAGACCCACGUGCCUCCUGUUUAGUGAGGUGCUAACAUCCCAUUCCUCUAUAAGGAAUUAUAAGGAUUAUAAUUUGAGUUGCAACAACUUGUAUUCUACAAAGUUUGGCCGAAGAACAGCCCUGUAUGAAAAAAAGAAUUAUUUUCCAUAUCAUAACCAUACAGGUAUGAUUUUUCUGAAAGGAAAUUGAUCAAAUUGAUUUAAUAACUUGUUUUGUGCAGAAAGAGAUAUCUUAAGGAGAUAUAUAUAUAUAAUUUGUUAUAGCUGUGAUUUCUACUCCAGUCCCUAGACUGCCAGAUCGAAUCGAGUAUUACUUGUGAAGUUCAACACGGUUUAGUCUGUUCUCCACAAGCUCCUGUUCAGACAUUAAAAACAAAAAAAUUACCUAAAAAGUAAAAAAAAAAAAAUAAUAAUAAAAGAAGAAAAAAAAAAAGCACUUUACUGUACCGGGAGACGACUGGCAGGUCACUCGGGUAAUUUCUUACUCUUGCCAGGAUUUUGUAUUCUCUUUUUUUAAAGAAUUUAAAUAAAUGCUUUGAACCACA